AUGCUUGAAAAUAGAGGUUUAGAGAUCGAAGAUUCUAUCAGCGAAGAAAGUGGUGAUGAAUUAGAUCCGGUUAUACUUCAACCAGAAUUUCUCCCCGAAACACGAAUUAUUCAUAAAAAAUGCUUCGAUUGUAGAAAAUUUAUGACUAAUUUUGCGUGGUGCCAACCUUGUGAAACUACUUGGUUUAAGGAAAACUAUUCAAGAUGGACAACUGGCAGCAGUGUAGCUGAUACCUUUGGUAUUUCAAAAGAUACAGAUGGAUGUUUUAUAUUUGUAAUGAGAUUCUAUGAAAAUGGCGAUUUAAAUCAAUACAUUGAAAAUGUUAAAGAUAUUAGCUGGAAUGAUAAAAUUGAUUUAUUAUGGGGGAUUAGUGCUGGUUUGGAAAAUAUUCAUCGAUCCGAUCUUUAUCACGGAAAUUUACAUGGUGGAAAUGUUAUGAUUGAAGAUGAAUCCAUCUCGACUGAUGGACGAAUAGCUGAUAUAGGAAUUCACGGAUUAGUUAACGUCACAUCUAAUAAAUCAUAUGGUGUUAUUCCUUAUAUCGCACCAGAAAUUCUUCUUGGAGAGACGCAAUCAAAAGAAGCUGAUAUUUACAGUUUCAGUGUUAUUAUGUGGUCGCUUGCAGCUGGAAAAAAGCCAUUUGCUGAGAGAGCACAUGACAUCGCAUUAACAGUGGAUAUUUGUAAUGGAGUCAGACCAAAGGAGAUUGAAAAUAUUCCAAAAUGUUUUUCUGAUUUGAUGAAAAGAUGUUGGGCAUUUAAUCCAAAACAAAGGCCAACAGCAAUUGAAUUGAAUACAACAUUUAGCAAUUGGAUAACCGAUAUAUGUGACAAUCAAACACCAACUGGAAUCAAUGAAGAAUUUAGUAUUGCUGAAGAAAGAAGAAGUGAAAAUUUUCAAAUACAGAAAAACGCAUCACAAGAAACUCAUAAAGAUGCGUUUUACACAAGUCGAUUUUUUGAUUUUUCAGAGCUUAGAGAGAACCUCAAUAUACCGAUACUUCAUUAUAAUGAUGUCUGA